AAAAGUUACUUUCAUAUUUUCUGCAGAUUUUUAACCAAUUGAGGUGAGAACUACCGGAAGAGAAUGUGGUUAAGGCAGAUGCACAGAAAUUAUCUUAAGCUCUUCACCUAAAAAAUAAAUAAAAAGAAAGAAAAGCUGUACUUGUGUAAAGGACAGAGAUUAAUUUUCUUCAAAAAAUAUAAUAUAAGAUUCUCAGUGUUAACACACAUUUUUAUAACUUAUUGCUACUAACAUUGCAAGACAAAGCUUUCAAAACUUUCUCUGGCAGUACUCAAUGACAGGCACUGAGUUAAACUUUACCAUUUUGGGGAAUGUAUACAUCGUCUUAUUUCAUAAUAGGAAUAUUUCUUGAAGAAUUCUGUAAUUAUGACAUCCCUUGGUGAAAGCUGGUUUUUGAACUGUACUGCUUUAGGAUAUUUGAAGGCAAAUUAUCCAGUGUGGGGAAUCCUUGGCUCGUGUGGGCUGUUACUGUUCAUUUCUUUGUCCUGCAAUAUCUUUUGCUGCUUGAAGCACCACAUGAAAGACAAUGGGAAAUGCUUCCGUUCUAUGCAAAGAAGCAACGAGGAGGAGGACAAGCAUCACGUUUAUGACAAUAUUCAUUAUCUUCACAGAGAAGCUGGUAAUGGCAUUACACCUCCCUUUGAAUGUGAAGAAACACAACAACAGUGUGAGCAACAGGAAAGAAUGGACAAAGUUUUGUGUUAUGCUAAUCUUCAACAAAAUCCACCCAAAUGUCAGAAGAAAAAGAAGAAGAAAAAGAUUUGCACUACUCAGAUUGAGUACACUGAUGUUAUAACAGUGAACAUGAACCCGCCUGAGAAGGAAAAUUGGGAGAAGCUUGCCUCAGAAAAUCGAAGUUCACUCACUGUCACUGGAGAUGUCAGGCCUGUGUCUGGCCUCUAUGCUUCAGUUCAUCCCAAAAGAUAUAACACAUUGUUUACUGAUGAAAAUUAUGCCAACAAUCAGUAAAUUAAUGUGAAAGCAAGACGAGGAUGUUAUGUUCUGAAAAUAUCCAUUUAGACUUUCCCACAAUACUUCAUUGUAUUUUACAACUGGAGAGAAGCGUGAACCUGGUCUCAGUUCUCUUUAGUUGCAAAGUUGUCUGGCAGUUGGUUUAGAAGAUUAAGAAGCUGUUAAUGAGCUGUUUCCUGUAGUGGUGCAAGAUUCAAUUCUCUCAGCUUUCAUUGCUUAACUGAGAAAUUUGAAGCAAGUUACUUAAAGAGAUAGUGUUCCUGGGCUGAGUGUGAAAAAGAUCAAGGGGAUCACUGCUCUACCCUGGAAAACAGAUAAAUAAAAAUAAUGUGCUUUACAUCAGGUAGGGUGUGAAACAAAAUGUAAUUAAAUGAAAAUCAGCAUCUGAAUACAGUAAAUUUCACACUCCAAAAUUACUAGCAAAUUUUAUGCUUUGCACAUUCUGAAUUUUGAAAAACAAAAGUUUUGAUGGUGAGCUUGUGUUUUGAAAAUCAUGAUGUUGGAACAUGUAGAAUUAACUGUUAACAUUAACUACUAACACUCACUACUCUAGCCUACACCACAUCCAUACACACUAAAAUACCAUUAAAUAAUACCUUCCACAUAACACAUACUUUCACACACACAUAAAAAUAUUGUAAUCUGCUCCACACUAUUUAAUGAUUAUUUUAUAUAUACAAAACACACACCACACUACCUCUCAAUAGACAAACAUUAUCUAGAGUAAAUACAGAAAUAGCACAUGCUAUGAAACUCAAACUAUUCCUUAAAAAAUGGCUACUAAUCUCAGGAGACACCCCAACCCAGGUCCAUGCAACAACAUUCUCUCACACAAACAAAAAUCAGACCUACUUAUUAUUUACCUAAACUCAAGAAGUAUAUCCAACAAACUACAUCACCUACAUGCAUUCGUAGCCCACUACACCCCAGAUAUACUAACCAUUACUGAGACCUGGCUAAAACCCAAAACCCAAAAUGAAAAAUUUCUCCUCCCAGGUUAUAACAUCCUAAGACUAGACAGAUGCCAAAAAGGGAGACGGAGUUGCUAUUUUAUUUAAAAACACACUUAAACUCCAGCCUCUGCAAAACCCCACUUCCCAGAUUUCAGAAUGCCGAAACAUUAGGCUCCGUUUUAUCCCUAAAAACCAAAAAGAGAAUCAACAUCCUCUGCAGUUAUACCCCUCAAGGAAAUAACUCUCCUAUAAUAGAGGAAAACGUACAAUGGGCUACAAUCAACCUGCCCCAAAAAACCAUCCUGCUAUCAACAUCUUCUGCAGUUAUAUCC